UCUGCACGUUUACAUGUUCUGUGUUCUGUUGAAAUUGAAUAAAAAAGCACUAACCCUUAACUAUGACCUUCAUAUCAACACAAUAACAGGUAUUCCAAAAAAAGUCACACUACAUGUAUACCAAGUGUCUGUACAAUAGACGUUGUAUUGUGUCUCGUUAAAUGUAUUGUGCUUGUAAAUGCCUCAAGGAUCUAAAUGAAAAUUUGGGAAAAACCAGUUUUCAUGCCUGUAUUAUUUGGGGUACUUUAUGUACUUCCUGCAAGCAGUCAUAACAUCUACACAGCUUCUACAGAACAGCAAGUACAACUUGAUUCAGUUACAUCUACAGCCAGACACAACAUUCAACCACAACAAUAGGAUGGCUUCACAUAAAAAAGUAUACGCACCCCUAGACCAAGACUGUCUUGGGUGUACAGCGUGCCAACAACCUUGCAGAAAUCCACAGAAGAUGGACUGCCAUCACAGUUUCUGCUCCAAAUGUCUUCAAAGGCUGCAAGAUAAGCAAGACCCAAGGAGCGUUGAGUUUCAUUGUCCUAACUGUGCGAAGACGUCCAGUCUGGAUGGUGGCGGAGACUAACUUAGCGAACUGGCAGAGCAGAUUAGAAUGCAGGGGAAAACACAGGGUCAAGGGUCAAGUAUCAAGUGUCAAGCGUGUACUGAGAAAAUCGUGGCAGUUUCAAAGUGUGUAGACUGCGAUGAUUAUCUGUGUCCAGCAUGCCAACGUGCGCAUCAGCGCAUGAAACUGAUGAAGGACCACACACUCAUUCCUUUGCAAUCAGGGGAACCUACAGGCAUCAAGAGGAAACCCUCAAUGAAAUGCAAGACACACUCCAACCAAGACGUCACCUACUUCUGUGAGACAUGUCAGAUGUUGGCAUGUUUUAAAUGCAGCAGUACAGAUCACGUCAAACCCUUGCACUCUCUGGUCAAUCUAAAAGAAGCUCUCCAAACAUGUAAGCAAGAGGCCGCUGAAUUAGUUGUCAAGGUAGAAAACAACAACUCGGAGUUGAAUGACGCUUGUGAUGAGCUGGAAAAAACCUGCAAGAAAAUGGACGUUAUGUUCGCCGACACCAAUGAAAAAAUCUCAAGAAAGGCUGAGAAGGAGAUUGCCAAGGCAGUUGGAAGGAUCAGAGAGGAGGAACAAAAACUGAAACAAACAGCAGAGGAGAGUUAUAAACACAGAGUCAAGACAAUUAAACAGGCCCUUACUCAAAACGUCAACACGACGACCCAGACAACGAGCAAGCUAGAUGAAGUGAAACUAGUCAUGCCUCAUCUUAACGACAAUAUGCUUGAAUACGUUAAGAACAAACUGUUACAAUACCUUGAAGAAAUGUCUAAUAUUAAGGCGGAGGGCGUGUCAGAUAUGCUUUUCUUUAUGGACUUUGAAGAAGAUGAAGAUUCACUCGGGAAGUUGGUUCUGGAAGAGAAGUCUCCCGUUAUUAAACCAGAAAUACAACGACUGGCAACAUCUAUUAAAAAAGUACUGGUUGUUGGGAAGAAGCCCGGGGCCCUGCCCCCUAGCCCUGGGUUUGUGUGUCUGAGCAAACAGUGGGCCCUCAAAACUGAUGUGAAGACGUUCGGAUUUGAAAAGACAAAAUUCCGCCACGCAUGCAAUGUUGCAGCCUUCUCCGACAACGAAAUAGUCAUAUCAGAAGCUCAGUUUAAAAUUCUGAUCUCUCUCAACUCAUCGGACCAAACCAUCGACUUCCCGCGACGGCUGCACAUCAAUGGUCUGACAAAUCCCUCUAGGAUCACCACAAGUGGGAAUAACAAUCUCGUCGUUCUAGACAGUCCAGAUGUGAAGAUUUUCACCAGGGACUACCAACUCCUACGUCAGUUCACACCAUGCAAAGGGACCGACGGUGUACCAUCAUGCCUUGCUGUGGACGACAGAGAUACCAUAGCAGUGGGAUACAAGAACAAGGGCGAGAUCUCCCUGCACAGCGCAAACGGAAACCUCAUCCGAAAACUUCCGGCUCCGAUGCUGGGCGACUUUGCGACAGUCUGCAGGCAGCACUUCAUCUAUACAAACGAACAGAAGAAGUUAGUUUCGGUGAACUACAACGGUAAGUUGGUGUUCUCGGUUGACGUCCCUUCUCGAUUUUCCCCAACGGGUGUCUCUUGUGAUACAGAUGGCAGCAUUUACGUUGCUGUGAAUCACUGGGCAUCGGGAAGCGUACAUCGGUUCACUCCUUGUGGCAAGUACAUGGAGUGCAUCAUCAAGGAUUGCAGACCCCCGCUUAAUAUCACAUUCACACCCAAUGGAGAACUGGUUUUGGCUGCCACAGAUUCAGUACAAAUCUAUCAUCGAGUGUAACCUGGCAAGAUGCAAUCACAACAGGGCUCAAAUUUGGCCCUUGGGCCACUCUGUCAAGGAGCGACUUUGACAGGGGCCACUUUGAGAUGGGGCAACUUUGUAAGUGACAGGGCGAAUUUGCUAGGGGCGACAU